CCUCGCCAACCACUACCUUUAAUUUCCACAUCUACACAUACUCACAUAAUCUCGACCUCAAACCCAUUUGAAAAUGUCAUCCUCCUACUCCUACUCCAGCUCCUCCUUCUCCUCCUCGACCUCAACCUCCAACGGCCAAACCACUGGUCAGGCAUAUCGCGAGGAAUCUUCUUCCAACUUGGACGGUACCACCGUACGCACCACAACACAAAAUCUGGGCGAGAAACCCGUAUCUGAGACCCGGCAAUAUGACGCCCAGGGACGACAGCUUGUAGGCGACACCGCCACUCGGGGUCAGGGAAAGAUCGAAGACAUUUCCGAAGAGGAAGCAGAUAAGAUCUAUCGAGAGAGGAUGGAGGACGAAUAUGCUAAGCGUGAGGGUGGCGCUUAGAUAAUGUCAGGCGGAGAUACAUGACGACGAUGCAAAUAUCGUCAGGCUACAUUGGCGAAGAAUGACAUGAUACCAAGACGGUACAGUGGACUGUAUGUUAACCAUGUAGCAGUCGACGAAAAUCCCGACUCCAACAUUAAUAUAAGCCUCAUGCCCCUGCCUUAGAUUCAAUUCGUUGCGAUUUGCACACUCUGUAGAAGAACGCCACAGAUUGAAAAAAAAAGACAAAACGUCGUGCCGUGGCACUGUACCUAUAACGUUUUGCCGCCAAUCUUCCUCAAGAGGUGCCCAUUGUUUCCAUCGCUCGGGACUAUCAUAGGGAUUCACCUCUAAUUAAAUAUCAAAGGUGCAUUAACUAAUACCUGUGUUCGCAUAUUCCGGAAUCUCGAGUAUCUGUUCCAUGCGUCUAAGGUGCGGUCUUGACCAAGUUGUUGUAUACACGUCUCAAUUAUGUGAGCUGAGGGUAGAUAUCUAAAUAUAAACAGCAAAGCAGUCGUGUA